AUGGACGCCCAAGUCAAAUCCUCCGAUCCGACGAAAGCCGCCAUCACCUCUCACAACCAGUACAAAACCGCCGGUCUCGAGCGUGAUGGGCUCUCACCCAACCCCAUCGUCCAAUUCAACAACUGGUUCAAACAUGCCAACGAAAACGGCGUACCUGAACCUGAAGCUAUGACUAUCUCCAGCGCCACCGUAGACAAGUCUACUGGCAUUGCACGACCAUCAUCCCGCGUGGUGCUACUCAAGCAAGUCGACCCACAAGGCUUCCUCUUUUUCAGCAACUACAACUCUCGCAAGGGUCGAGAAUUGGAAGCCAACCCAUACGCCUCUUUGGCUUUCUACUGGAAAGAGCUCUCUCGAUCAGUUCGAGUUUGUGGUCGAGUGGAGAAGCUCCCCGCGAAAGAAUCCAAAGAGUAUUACGACUCCCGCCCAUUGGGAAGCAGGAUUGGCGCUUGGGCAAGCCCACAAUCAAGCACGAUCUCUUCAAGGCAGGAGUUGGAACAGAAAGUGCACGAUGUCGAGAACAAAUUCAGCGUUCCAGGUGCAGCUGGGCUGGACGAGGGGAAGAAAUGGGAAGGCGAUGAAAAGAGUGUAGAUGUUCCACUACCGGGCUUUUGGGGUGGGUAUAGGAUUGUCCCUGAUGAAGUUGAGUUCUGGUGUGGAAGGCCGAACAGGUUGCAUGAUAGGUUUAAAUAUACGAGGGAUCUGAAGAGUGAGGUACCGGCUAGUGAGGAUAAGUGGACGAUUAAUCGUCUUGCGCCUUGA